AUUCCGGGUUUUUGACAGAAUCCAACGUGUCGCGAGGCGCGGAGGCGAGCGUGUCGCGGAACAAUUCACGGAGCAAUCGUGCGUGUGGAUCGUGUGGAUGAAUUAAAGUCGCCGCGCGUCGCCCAGCUGCCGAACGACAGAGGCCUCGCAUCGGGGGAACAUCGUCGAUUUUCAGUCCGAUCGCAACGAACACAAUAGAACAGGAAGAUGAAUACGUCAGUGUCGCUGGUGCUUUCCGUAUUCCUCGGAAUCGUGUGCGCCGUUACGGCGUUGAAAGAAGGUGAUUGCGAAGUAUGCGUCGCCGUUGUGGACAAGUUCAGUCAGACACUAUCGGCAGAUGUUAAAAGUGACCCCAAGAAGAUCGAAGCAAAGUUUCGAGAAUACUGUAAAGGCACUAAAUCAAAAGAAAAUAGAUUUUGCUAUUAUUUAGGUGGGUUAGAAGAAUCUGCCACCGGUAUCUUAGGCGAGCUCAGUAAACCACUGUCAUGGUCUAUGCCCGCGGAUAAGAUAUGCGAGAAAUUAAAGAAGAGAGAUGCUCAAAUAUGCGAUUUGAGAUUCGAGAAACAAAUCGAUCUCAAUACGGUAAAUCUGAAGAAGCUGAAGGUACGCGACUUGAAGAAGAUCUUGAAUGAUUGGGAAGAGACGUGCGAAGGUUGUAUAGAGAAGACAGACUUUAUCAAACGAAUUGAGGAGCUCAAACCCAAGUACUUUAGCGGUAGCUCGAAGUCAGAACUUUGAAGGAAUGUUCUCAAUUUAGACAAGCAAUUACGUUAGGGUGGCUAAAAUUUCUGUUUCCUUAACCUACGCAGGAAUUGUUUACAGCAUUUACAGGAUAUGUAUUUAUCCGUGUCUAUAUACGAUUCGCGUAUACAGCUUUGUUUUGAAAAAAAUUUUCUUUUGAACAAACUAUCCAACGACAGUCUCUUAAACUAAGAUAUUUAGUUUCUAUUGAAUGGUGUAGAAAUUACCGUAAAGCGAAAAUUAGCAUGAGACAAAUGAUAAUGGGCAAUGAAAGCUUUGUUUUUGAUCGCAACGUUUUUAUAUCUCAGUAAUUCCGAAGGACAUGUUAGUAAUCUGAUUUUCUCCCUGAGGCAGCCAUGCUAAUAAUGAAUCUAUUUUAUCGAAGGUGCUCCAUUUUUAUGACAUCAACUUUAGGUGUAAAUUAAUAUAUACAGCGUUUAUAUACGAGAAAUUAUUUUCACACAGUAUUUACUUCAUUGCUCUUCCUCAGGUAGUGUGGUAAUACGCAAAUAUGUUUGUAUGAUAUGUCCGAAAACGAUACUCCGUACCAAAACGCAUUGUAUGGUGUCGAACGAUAUGUGUAAGAGGUACUUUAUCCACAACACCGUUGUAUAUUAUUGUAUAUUAUUACGAAAUUAGAUUUCUUUUUCAUUAUCCGUUAUGCACAAACCACAAACAAAAUGUACAAUUAAACUUAUGGAGUAUCUCUCAUGGCCAGUAUCGAUAAACCGUCUUACUUGGACGUGCAGGCUUAACAAUGCCAAUUUUUGAGAUAAUAAUUAUUUGUAUCGAUAUACACCAACUUUUUCAGUAAAAUGAAACAAAAAAAAAGAGAUGAUAAAAAUGUGUACUCGAAGUACAAUAUCCUAAAAUUAACAAUUACGAUAAAUCGCGCGUAACUCAUUGUAGAUAAGGUAUUACCGCAUAUCGCAUAAUGUACCACUCCGGAAAUUCCAAACUGAAUUAUUUAUUUCGUGAUAAGACUGCGUAAUUACGUUUUCUAUAUUACAUUCGUGAGCCUUGAUACAAGAGGUCAGGAAAAAAUAAA